GUCUCUUCCAACCAAUGUCAUUGACCUUCAUGUACAAUACUCCCACUAUUCCACUCAGAAACCAGCGCAAAACCCCAUAUUCCUUCUCCAAGGAAAUAUCCAGUAAGAAAGCUCUUACAAGUAAACUACUGAUGGAAGCCCAAUCAAACUACCAAAUCAAGCCUAGUCCAGCCUGCGGUAACCGACGCCUGCCUCAGGCCACGAGCUGUCUGUCUCUCACCGCCCAACACUUACCCUGUGCUUGCCCCAGGCACCCAAACCGGCCGCCCCACCGUCAGCAGCAGGACGCACCCACUAGUCCCAAGACAGUCUAGCCUACCGUCCAAAAAAAUUCCCGCCGCAAAGAUUCGAGAAAGCCAAAGUCCGAGGAUCUCCAUCAAUUUCACAACAAUUCCGUUCCUUUUUCUCCUCUCAUAGUUUAUAACAACUCCGGAGUCUCCAACCGGACACACAGAACCCGCAAAAUGCCGAAGAGAAGCAAAUUGCUCCAAGCUCUGGACGAGCACCGCGGCCGGGACUACGAUGCCGAGAAGCAGAAGAAGCUCGUGAGGGCGGCGAACAAGAAGAAGGCGGCCAAGGGGGAGGAGACUGAGGAUAAGAAGGAGGAGAAGGAGGUUGAGGAAGAAGCCGAGGAGGAGGAAGAAGAAUCCGCCGAAGACCAAGAAUCCGAGAACGAAUCCGCCGCCGCCGAAGAGGACGAAGAAGACGACGACGAAGACGAAGAAGCCGAAGAAUCCGACAUCCCGCUGAGCGACCUCGAGGACGACGAGCGCGAAGACGUGGUGCCGCACCAGCGGCUGACCAUCAACAACUCGGCGGCCAUCACCGCGUCGCUGAAGCGCAUCUCCUUCAUCUCGGCGCAGACCCCCUUCUCGGAGCACAACUCGCUGGUGUCGAAGGAGGAGCUGGAGGUGCCGGACGCCAACGACGACCUCACCCGCGAGCUCGCCUUCUACAAGGUCUGCCAGGCGGCGGCGACGCAGGCGCGCGCCCUGCUCAAGAAGGAGGGCAUCCCCUUCACCCGCCCCGGCGACUACUUCGCCGAGAUGGUCAAGACGGACGAGCACAUGGACAAGAUCAAGAAGAAGCUGUACGACGAGGCCGCCGCCAAGAAGGCCGCCGCCGAGGCCCGCAAGCAGCGCGACCUGAAGAAGUUCGGCAAGCAGGUCCAGGUGGCCAAGCUGCAGCAGCGGGCCAAGGAGAAGCGCGAGACGUUGGAGAAGAUCAAUGAUCUGAAGAAGAAGCGCAAGGCUGAUACCUCCGGCGAGGCCGACAACGCCAACGAGAUGUUCGACAUCGCCAUCGACGAUGCCCAGCCCAACAACCGGAAACGUGCCUUCGGCAGCGACGGUGCCACCAACGCCAAGCGUCAGAAGAAGAACGAGAAGUACGGCUUUGGCGGUAAGAAGCGCCACUCCAAGAGCGGUGAUGCCGUCUCGAGUGGUGAUAUGCGCGACUUCUCCGUCCGGAAGAUGAAGGGCGGUUCGAGGGGAGGUGGUGGUGGUGGUGGCGGCGGCGGCGCCAAGAGACCUGGUAAGAGCAGGAGAGCUGCUGCCAAGGGUCGUGCCUGAUUCUUUUCUUUUUCUUCUUGGGGGUCUGCAUCGUUUCCUACCUUUUCAUCAUUUUCUAGCUUGCUCGGAUACCGGAUGAGGUCGUUUGGGUUUUCUAUUUACAAAAAGCAAUUGUUUCCAAUUUUUACCCCACCCCCUUAGACACCGUGACUGUGCUUGGUCAGGGUUUUGAAACCUGUGUAAUAUUGAACUAAUCCAUGGUUAUGGUUGGACGGCAUUUGAUCAAUC